UCGGUUGUUGUUAGCCCAUUGGUUCAUUGGUUAAUUCAUUAAGACGAUAGCAAGUAACUUUGAAGCAUCUGUGUGUCAAUGCACCCAUUUCUACAUCAUUCUCUAAACAAUGGCUGAGUCAAAGAACGAAAGUCCAAUUGUUGACGAAAAUUGGUGGAAAAUGUGGCGCAAUAGACGUUACCAUGUUUCGAUUAUGUGCUUUUUUGGAUUGAUCAAUAUGUACACCUGUAGGGUGAACAUGAGUGUGGCUGUAGUGGCCAUGACAAAAGCGGUUGUUAACGAUACCAAAGUGCCCGAUUUCAAUUGGAGUUCGUCGGAGAAAAGUGUCAUUUUGAGUUCAUUCUAUUAUGGAUAUGUACCAGUGCAGAUCUUUGUGGGAAUGCUACUGAAGUAUAUCAGUCCACACAUCGUAUUCGGAAUCGGAACUGCAUUGCCCGGUUUACUUACGAUACUUACACCGCUCAUUGCAACACAUCUACCCUUAUGGGUGUUAGUGACCAGCCGUGUCGUAAUGGGACUGUUGCAGGGAGUUGCAAUUCCCUGCAUAAUGAAAUUUUGGACUAUAUGGGGACCUCCACUAGAAAGAUCUAGACUGCACGGUAUUGCAAUAUCAGGAGCUUUUGUUGGUACUGUGGUUGGACUACCGGUGUCGGGUCUAUUGGCUGACAACGCGGGAUGGGAAUCCAUUUUUUAUGUUAUCGGAUCCGCAGCCCUGUUGUGGUACAUCAUUUGGUUAAUUCUGAUCAGAGGAUCACCGGAAAAUGAUCCGUUCAUUUCCAAGUACGAGAAAAAUUACAUUUCCGUCACAAUUGAAAAGGAAAGCAAAGGCCACUCGCAUCCAAUACCAUGGUUGUCAAUACUAAAAUCGUUACCAAUACAUGGCGUAUUAAUAGCCAGUUUGGGAUGGGGUUGGGGCUAUGUGACCAUGUUAACUCAAUUGCCGCAAUUUUUGUCGGAUGUUAUGGAUUUCGAUAUGAGUAAAAGUGGAUUUCUGUCUGCGCUGCCGUACCUGACCAUGACCAUUAUGUCUCUGCUGGCCGGAUGGAUUGCAGAUAACAUUUUAGUGCGUCAGUUGCUGACGGUUACACAGCUUAGAAAGUAUUUUAUCAGUGUAACGAUGCUGUUCCAAGCCGGAUUGAUCAUCGGUGCUGCGUAUGUCGCUAAUCCGACAGCUAAUGCUGUGUGCAUCACCGCCGGUAUUGGAGUUGGAGCGUUGGCUUAUUCUGGCAUCGGAAUCAAUUACAUUGAUGUCGCUCCAGCUUUUGCCGCAGUCAUAGGAGGCUUAGGGAAUACAUUGACCACUUUACCCGGAAUUUUGAGUCCGUUGAUUACCGGAGUGCUUGUGCAGAAUGACAUAUCGGACAAAGACGAAAUAGCAGGCCAAUGGCGCAUCGUAUUCUUCAUUACGGCUGGAAUGUACGUUAUGGGUUCGAUAGCCUACUGGUUUCUUGGUAGUGCCAAAGUUCAACAGUGGAGUAUAUUCGAUGUUAACGAAUUAGACUCAACUGGUGUUGGAGGGGCUGUUGUUGUUGAAAAUUGUAGUGAACGAACUCAUACCAACGACAAAGUACAUAAAGGUCAUUAACGUUAUUUAAUAGUAUUUAAUGCUAAAAGCCAAACAGAGUAAUGAUACCGAGAUGGCGUUGCUUUGGCAUAUGCCAGAUGCAACGCCAUCUAGUUGUUAUUUUUAAAUUAACCAUGAAGAAAUGAAAGAACUGAUUGAUCGAAGCCGAACACAAUACGUCAAUGAUUCUAAAUUCUCA